UUUGAAACUCCAAAUUUUUUGUAAAGGUUCUAAAUCUGUGUGUUAACAAAAUUUCCAUUACGGCUCCAGAUCAAAGAAAUUCAGUGCUCACGAUGUGAAUAACCCAAAAUCUCUAUCAUUUCAUCUUUUAGAAUCCUGCUUCCCCCUUACCCGUAAUCGAAUGAUCCUACUGGAGCCGAAUUGUUUCAAGAGUAAUUUUCUCAAGAUGGGUUCGGAUUUGAUUCUUCACACUCUUGUCAGUUUGAUUCUUUGUCUUUUCGUUCUGUUCUCGAUUUUCAUUGCACACUGUGAAUCGUUCGACGAUUUUGCUCCUCACAAUGCCUUCACAGUUUCUAGCCUUGUGUACCCUCAUACCCGGUUGCAGCCAUUUCAGCUACGGUAUUUUAGAGUUGAGUUGCCGCCAUGGUUCUCAUCGGUGUCUAUUUCAUUGAACUCAGACGUAGAUCUCGACAUCACAAAAGCAAGAAAGAUACCGAAGCGUGCUUUGCCUAUAAUUUGCUUCAGAGAAGGCAGUCCCCCGCUGCCUGAUGCUUCGAAUACUUCCAUAAUAGAUUCAGGGUUAGCUCCUUUAACCAUCCUUUCCAUUGAAGGAAUCCAAGGUCAUAAAAAUCUGGAACAAUGCUAUACCAUGCAGCAAUAUAUCGAAUUAAAGCUGACAAAUGAGCAGAUACCUCCAGGAGUCUGGUAUUUUGGCCUUUUCAAUGGCAUUGGGUCGUCAAGAACGCAAUCCAAGAUGGUAGUCCGAGGGUCUUCAUAUUCGUUCACUGCUAAUGUAACAGUGGAAGGGUGUUCACCCUCCACGAUGUUCGGGCAAUAUUGCAAUCAUACAGUUGACCCGCUCUCAUGCUCGUUAUUUGAUGGUCAUAAUCUUGCUGAAAACAUUUUAGAAGCUAUGUCAUAUAACCAAACAGGGGAAAGUUUGGUUGCCUGCAGGAGUACGUUGAAACCAUCUUGUCUUGGAGAUGGUGAACCAAAAAUAUACUACUUGGAUGUGGAAGGUGUGGCGGAAGAGCUGACCAUUUCAGCUACAAAUGUGAGGCCCAACUUAACACAGUCAGAUAACUCUAGUUAUGUCGGUGGAAUUAGUUUGACGGGCUUCACUCGUCUUGGUGCAAUUCCUUCAGUUGCCCUGCAUGAUUAUUCCAGUAACUUAAACACAGGCCCUUUGAUUAUCCGUUCUCCAAAAAUCGGUCGAUGGUAUAUCUCAAUAGUUCCUAUUAAUGUUUCGAAAGAACUGGAAAGCGUUUCAGCCAACAAUGUGAGAAUUUGUUAUUCCAUGGAAUCAUAUGUGCUUCAAUGCCCAUAUGGAAAGACUGGACCUAAUUGUGCAUGGAACAGAUACGUCCUCCAGCAGGCAAUCGUCCGAAGAGGUUCAUCCCCCUUCGAAUCAUAUUUUAUGCCGAUCACAGAACAGUACUUCAAAGAACCGAAAUUCGCUGUUGAACCCCUUCUAAGCAACUCUUCAAAUCAUGGAGAACAAAAGUAUGCUUGGACUUAUUUUGUUUUGGAUGUUCCUCGAGGUGCAUCUGGAGGAAAUAUUAACUUUCAAUUAUCAACUACUGAGACAAUGGAUUAUGAAGUCUAUGCUAGAUUUGGUGGAUUACCAUCUCUUGAUAACUGGGACUACUGUUAUAAAAACCAAACCAGCAACAGUGGUGGCUCAACAUUCCUUUCCCUCUACAAUUCAAGUAAUGUAAAUAUCAAUUUCCAUAUUUUAUAUGCUAGUGAAGGAACUUGGGUUCUUGGAUUAAGGCAUCCGAUCAACAGAAGUUUGGCCAAAUAUCAGACUAUUAUGUCGGUCAUGCUUGAACGAUGUCCAAACAGAUGUUCAUCCCAUGGAAGAUGUGAGUAUGCUUUUGAUGCUAGUGGAGCCGCAACAUAUAGCUAUUGUUCCUGUGAUCGAAAUCACGGAGGCUUUGAUUGCAGCGUUGAGAUUGUAAAUCAUAGAGGGCACGUGCAACAAUCAAUUGCUCUCGUCGCGUCAAAUGCUGCUGCCAUUUUCCCCGCUUUUUGGGCUCUUCGACAAAAGGCUCUAGCAGAGUGGGUGCUGUUUACCUCAAGUGGAAUUUCAAGUGGUUUAUAUCAUGCUUGUGAUGUGGGCACUUGGUGUCCAUUGUCAUUCAAAGUAUUACAGUUUAUGGACUUCUGGCUCUCUUUCAUGGCUGUCGUUAGCACUUUCGUGUACCUAGCCACAAUCGACGAAGUUUAUAAAAGGGUGAUUCAUACCGUUGUUGCAAUCCUAACUGCUCUCAUGGCUAUAACCAAGGCAACGCGGUCUUCCAAUAUCACUAUUGUGCUAGCAAUUGGUGCACUCGGUCUUCUUAUUGGAUGGCUGAUCGAGUUAUCGACAAAGUAUAGAUCGUUCUCCUUUCCACUGCAAAUUUCUUUGAAUGUGCUUCACAGAUGGGAAACUAUCAAAGCAUGGGGGCACAAUCUUUUAAAGACUCUGUACAGAAGAUAUCGAUGGGGCUUUAUGACUGCAGGUUUCACUGCAUUGGCUAUGGCUGCCAUAAGCUGGAAUUUGGAAACCACUGAAACUUACUGGAUUUGGCACAGCAUUUGGCACUUGACUAUCUACACAUCGUCUUUCUUCUUCCUCUGUUCGAAAGAAAGGGUUUCGAAUGUUGACAAUUCGUUUGUUCCAAAUGGUGAAAACGAAAGAGAAGGUUCGAAUGUAAAUUAGGCUAGGCAGGAUUAGUUGCCCAUAAGUGUAUAGAAGGAAGCAAAAAUAGAGGCGAUUUGCGAGUUUCAGCUGAUUGGAGACCUUUACCCAAUAUAGCUUUUCGAUCGGUUACUGUAAAUUAUUUCUAUAGGUUCCAUUCUUUUGGUAGGAAAAACAAGACAUGGAUUGUGAAUAUGCAUAAAGUAGUUUAGAUAGAAUGAUCCUUUAGUUUACACGCGGUCUUGCUCGUCCAAGGCGUGUUGCCUGUGACUGUAUGUUGGAUGUCUUGAUCAUGUUUGUUCAG